UCCCCUGUUUUCCAUCUCGUAUUCCCCUGUUUUCCAUCUUCUUCUUCCUCCCUCCUCUGUUUGCCUCUCUCUUCCUGUUCUCGAAUUCCUCGCCGGCCGGCCGUCUCGCCGGAGAAGAGAACUGCACCGGUUGCCCGUGGGACUGUCUUUGGGGGUCGAGUUUUGGGCUUGAGUUCAAGUUUGAACCUCGGGGUUGGAGGUUUUUUAUUCGAAUUUCGAACUGCUUCUGCUGCUGCUGCUUGAUCGUGUUCGCGGGGAGAGGCGGAGUGGCGUCUGAUGGUAGCGUGGAGGCGAGGAGAGGAGUACUAGGGGUUUCUGGCAUGGAGACAAAGGUCGAGACCGCGCCCGCGACGACGGCGACUGCUUCGCCGGCCGCGCAGCCGGCGGCGCCAGAGACGGCCUCGGAGGUGAAGCCGCUGGCUCCUGCUGCGGUGUUGCCGGCGGUGGCAGGUUCUGCGGGGAGAGGGGAGGGGAAGAGGAAGAGGGGCCGGCCGAGGAAGUACGGGCCGGACGGGGGCCUGGUGCGGCCGCUGAAGGCGACGCCGAUCUCGGCGUCGGUGCCCGACGACGACGGCGGCGGGGGCCGGUACACGCCCGCGGCGGCCGUCGGCGCCGUCAUGAAGCGCGGCGGGGGCCGCCCCGUCGGGUUCGUCAGCCGCGCCGCGCCGGUGGUGCCCGUGACGGCCGCUGCGCCCACCGCCGUUGUGGUCGUCUCGCCGCCGCCGCCGCCGCCCGCCGCCGCCAACGUCCAGACGCAUCAGCAGCACGGGCCGCCGCAAGGUGAUUUGGUAGGAUGUGCAUCUGGCGCAAACUUUAUGCCUCAUAUCUUGAAUGUUGCUGCCGGGGAGGAUAUUAAUAUGAAGGUUAUAUCUUUCUCCCAACAAGGUCCAAAGGCAAUUUGCAUUUUGUCUGCCAAUGGUCUGAUUUCGAAUGUUACUCUACGUCAGCAUGACUCUUUAGGUGGUACAGUGACUUACGAGGGCCGGUUUGAGCUGCUUUCUCUGUCGGGAUCUUUCACGCCGACAGACAACGGUGGAACCAGGGACCGCUCCGGCGGAAUGAGCGUUUCUCUAGCAGCCGCCGACGGCCGCGUCAUCGGCGGCGGCGUCGCCGGCCUCCUUGUGGCUGCUAGCCCCGUUCAGGUGGUGGUGGGAAGCUUCGUUCCGAGCAGCUACCAUGGCGCGAAUAAGCCGGUGAUAGAGAUGAAGACACUGGCGCCACAGCAUCAGCAGCCGGCCGUGGGCUUCACCAUCUCCAGCGGCGGCGACAUGGAUCAUCAAGACUCGUACAGCGGCGCCGGCAGCCAUCCCGCUGCCGCCAAGGGCAACUCCACGUCGGCGUUCAGGGUGGAGAACUGGACCGCGGCGCCGACACCUCCGGCCGACGAAGCGAGGAGGACGCCGUCGACGUCGUCAGAGGCUAAGGUCCCCGUCUCCGGAGGGUGAAAUGUACAGUGUACUUGGAGUCUUGGAGAGAGCAGAGCUAACCGGCCAGCCUGCUCGUUGUCGCCGGGGAUUCAAAUGGUAGUAGCUCAAGGGUCCAUGCAUGGUCUCUCGAUCCAUCAUCAGUCCUGCAAGCUGCAAAUGUGCAGAGAAAAUUCAGUGCUCAUUUCAAAUCUCUCUUUUAUUUAAUUACAUAGACCUCAUAUAUAUAGACUGAUCGUAAUGUUGUUAGCAGAAAACCGAAAAUUACAAAGCUUGGAAUGCACAAUGCUCACUGAUUUUCGAGCC